AUGGCAGCUGUGUCAGAGCAAAGAGCAGUAUCUCUAAUAUUCAAGGAUGUCUCUUGGUUGUGGCAGACGGCGUAUAAUUGUGCUGUCCAAGGGUGUUCAGAUCAGGAUAACGCUGGUGAACAAAUCUCAGAGCUUUUUGACAUUUCAAGAGAGCUGUUGGAAGCGUGCUGUAAUGCAUCGCCAGUGGAUGUUGAUUCCGAGUCGCGUUUACAUCUCGUGAAUGCCUCCUUUGCUGCAAUGUCUGGCCAGGUUUUCUCUGUUCGUGAGAUCGUUGCCUCGACAGGGGCCAUUGAUGUUGAGUGA